GAAAACUUUUUUCUCCUUUUUCUCCACUUUACCCGUGUGAGCGGGGACCCCCCCGAAAGGGGAAGUGGUGGCCUCCUCUUUAACCGUGCGGUUUGCAGCGACCCCGGGGACCGACCUGACAAGCAGACCUUUGAUCCUCCAGCUGAGCGGAAACCUCUGUGACCGAGGCAGAAGUGGCUGUCUGAGUGAAACACAGCUCCACCACUGCAUGCUGCUACUGGUAACCUGGUGAUGCUGACUGCUGCUAAGGAGAUGGCUACUGGUAACCUGGUGAUGCUGACUGCUGCUGAGGAGAUGGCUACUGGUAACCUGGUGAUGCUGACUGCUGCCGAGGAGAUGGCUACUGGUAACCUGGUGAUGCUGACUGCUGCUGAGGAGAUGGCUACUGGUAACCUGGUGAUGCUGACUGCUGCUGAGGAGAUGGCUACUGGUAACCUGGUGAUGCUGACUGCUGCCGAGGAGAUGGCUACUGGUAACCUGGUGAUGCUGACUGCUGCUGAGGAGAUGGCUACUGGUAACCUGGUGAUGCCGACUGCUGCUAAGGAGAUGGCUACUGGUAACCUGGUGAUGCCGACUGCUGCUAAGGAGAUGGCUACUGGUAACCUGGUGAUGCUGACUGCUGCUAAGGAGAUGGCUACUGGUAACCUGGUGAUGCCGACUGCUGCUAAGGAGAUGGCUACUGGUAACCUGGUGAUGCCGACUGCUGCUGAGGAGAUGGCUACUGGUAACCUGGUGAUGCUGACUGCUGCUGAGGAGAUGGCUACUGGUAACCUGGUGAUGCUGACUGCUGCUGAGGAGAUGGCUACUGGUAACCUGGUGAUGCUGACUCCUGCUAAGGAGAUGGCUACUGGUAACCUGGUGAUGCUGACUGCUGCUGAGGAGAUGGCUACUGGUAACCUGGUGAUGCUGACUGCUGCUGUGGAGAUGGCUACUGGUAACCUGGUGAUGCUGACUGCUGCCGAGGUGACGUCUUUUAGUGCUGAGGAUCCUGAGGCCAGCGUGUUGGCCGAUACGAGUCACAAAAAAAGAAAGCGCGAACAUGUUCGUGUUCACUUUGCAAUGCCAGACAGGGAGACCAGAGGUACUCAGACUGAUCCUGUCUUAAUCUCUGCAUACCCGGGGCCCCAGGACUCAGAUGGGCCCUUUUUUAAGAUUUUUCGGUGUGUGUUAGUGAAUGGACGAUUGAAGAGAACAAAGAUCCAUCCUCAAUCCACUGGAAAUCCAGGCGUGUGGAAACUAUUCACACACGUCAGGCCUGGGUAUUUUCGAAACCCAUGGAUGGUGGCUCCGACCCAGGAGAAUAAGACGUCCUAUGUUGAAGGGGCCACGCUCCUGAAAUCUGUGGAAGCUGUUUCUUUUGAUAAUGACGCAGGCUAUAUCCCUGUGCGGAAAGACUGGUAUGCAUCUCCCGAGACCAACAAGCGGUUCCUGGUGUUAUCAGACUGUGGUGGGGUCAUACUGGCAAUCAUCCUGGAUAGAAAUACGCUCUGAACAUUGCAUUAUUUUGUAUUUUUGUAUUUUCAUUGGAGGAUGUUGAACGAGGGUAGUUGAAAAUCCAAAAAAAAGCUAAAAUCAUACUCCUGCUUUUUGAAAUGUAUUUGUAUUAAUCCAAAAAACAGCCCAAACUAUACUUCUGCUUUUGACAUGUACUAGCUCCAGAACAGUUGAGACUGUGCUUCUGCUUGUGACAUGAGUUUAACCCAAAAACAGCUAAAAUAUAUUUCUGCUCGUGAAACUAUAAUGCUGCUUUUGAUUUUGGUUUGUGAGUGUUAAUGUGC